AAAUCAAGAACCAGUGAUCGUGUGCUAUCUGUCGGUGUUAUUGUCCUGUGUGUGCACUUGCUCACGGUGCAGGCUUUUACAUCGGGAACUGUCGAGACCGGAACCGAUGCUGGUACAAAACUAUGAUUCGAAUCGCUGCACUGAACGCCUCAUCGGUUACCCCCGACGACCAUGGGGACCCCCUUACCAGCUACAAGAGCCAGACCAAGGAAGCUCAGGAAGCGGAGGCAUUUGCCCUGUACCACAAAGCCUUGGAUCUGCAGAAACAUGACCGGUUUGAGGAAUCAGCCAAGGCGUACCAUGAGCUCCUCCAAACUCCGCUGCUUAAGGAGGCUGUUCCCUCCGAGGACGAGCAGGCAGGCCUGAGAUACACCGGCCUUAUGCUGAAGUACUCCACCUACAAGAACCUGGGCAGCCUGGCCGCGCUGAAGGGCGACCUGGAGACCGCCAUGGAGUUCUAUCUCCAGGCCGUGCUGCUGGACUCCACCGACGUCAACAUGUGGCACAAGAUCGGCCUGGUGGCGGUGCGGCUGGUGCGGGUCUCGCUGGCCCGGCACGCCUUCGAAGAGGGCCUGCGCUGCAAUCCGGAUCACUGGCCCUGCCUGGAUAACCUCAUCACCGUGCUCUACACCCUUAGCGACUACAACUGCUGUCUGUACUUCAUCUGCAAGGCCCUGGAGAAGGAUCCGUGCUACAGCAAGGGCCUGGUGCUGAAGGAGAGGAUCUUCCAAGAGCAGCCCUGCCUCCGGAGGGACUCGUUCCAGAUGUUCCUCAAGUGUGAUAUGUCCAUUCACUCGGCGGAGGUGGAUGAGGAGGAGGCCAGUGCCAUAUUGGAGGAGGGGCUCGAGCUGCGUCGCCGGCGGCAACAGGCGGUGUCCACGCAGGAGCCCAAGCCAGACCUGACCCUGGUCCAGCCUAUCACGUCCUACACGUGGAUGUGUGUGGGGGAGAACCUGCUGGCCAUGUACCAGUACCAGACCACCUGCGAGCCGCCCCGGCCCAGCCUGGGCCGCAGGAUCGACCUGUCAGAGUACCGCGACCCUGAGCGCCCCCCCGCCCCUCCUCCUGCCUUCACCCCCGUCAGCGUGAUACAGACGCUGUCCAGCGCCACCACCAGCCCGUCCCUGCCGCCCCCACCCACCGUGGACCAGCUGGCUCCCACCCACACCCCCCCACAACCCUUGCCUCACAAUGGCCAGAGUCAAACACCGCUGGAGGUGGCCCCCACGGCGCCCCCCCUAGGACUGGACCCCUCCCUGUGUGACAAGGCGAAGAAGCCCCCCAAGCGGAAGCGCGUGGUGGAGGAUAGCGGGGAGACAGCCAAGCGGCGCUCGGCACGCGUCAGGAACACCAAGUGCAAGAAGGAGGAGAAGAUCGACUUCCAGGAGCUGCUGCUGAAGUUCCUGCCCUCCAGGCUGAAGAAGUUUGAGCUGGAGGACGACGAGGAGAGCCUGGGGACCUAUGAGACCCAGUCGGAGGUGAAGCCCGACUCCCAGCUGACCAGUGGCACCAGCAGCCUGCACUUUGACGCUGUGAUGGUCAUGGAAUCAGAGCGCCAGGAUGUGCACGGCUUCCUCCUUGACAACCAGCAGAACGGCGGCAUCCUGGAGCUGAUGAUGCGCUACCUCAAGGCCGUGGGCCGGCGGUACCUGGAGGAGUGGCCCCCUGGGCUGUGCGCCGUGGUACUCAAUAUUUACUACUACUGGAGGAGCCACAGCAUCGGGCUUCCCAACCCACUACUCAGGGACUGCAGUGACCAGCACAUCCGAGACAUGAUGGUGAUGAGCCUCUCGUGCAUGGAGCUGCAGUUGGAGCAGUGGUCACUGACCAAGGGCAAGACUGUGUCCCCGCGGAAGGGCCUGGCAGGCCACGACGGCGAGCAGGCCCUCUUCCCGGGGCCCAACUUCCAGGGGGACCUGCUGCAGCUGGCGCUGGCCUCCUCGCAGCGGGACCUCUUCGGGGACAGGUGGCUGGCCUACCUGGUGCGAGUCUACUGGCUCAAAGCUCGCUUUCUGGCCCUACAGGGCGACAUGGAGCAGGCAGCGGACAGCUACGACGCCUGUGCGGAGAUGCUGCAGAGUCCACCAGCCAGACAGGCAGCAGGCGGCGAGGGCCGCAAGUUCACCAUCUACCUGCCCAACCUGCACAUGGACGGGACCAUCUCUGUGGAUGAGAUCGACAAGAAGCUGAAGUCCCUGGAGCGUUGCCAGUCCCUGGAGGAGAUCCAGCGGCUCUUCGAAGCCGGCGACUAUGGCUCUGUCGUGCGUCUGCUGCGGCCGACGCUGAGCUCAGUCUCUGCCCGGGUCAAGGCCCUGGAGUUCGCUAGCUCCGCCCCUGAGAGACCCGCUCAGUUGUUGCUGCUGCAGAGCUCCCUGCUGCGACAGGAGGACCUGGCGCAGUGCUUGGAGUGCUCAGAGGUGGCGCUGCAUGAGGCCGUGCUCCAGCUCAGCAGUUUCUCCCCACCUUCCUCCUCUUCCUCCUCCGCCCGGGACGAGUGGGCAGCAGCCAUCACGCAGAUGCUGGAGGGCAUCGAGCUCUGCUUCUCACGGGAGCCCCAGCUGCUCAGCACCCCUCCGCGGGCCGCCAGCCUGCCGCGGCUAACGGGCAACCUCAUUCAGCUGAUUGGCUACAGCAUGUCGCAGCUUGAUGACCUCAAGGAGGCACAUUUCUCCUCCGUGCUGCCCUGGAUCAUCCUGUACCGCAUCAUCAAGCAUGAGGAGGCCGCCUUCAACUCCCUGCUGCGGCAGCACAUUCCUGCUCAAGACGAGGACGACGACCCCGACCGGCCCAUGCUGCCCUCCUCCCUGAUGCUGCUCAACACGGCCCAUGAGUACCUGGGCCGACGCUCCUGGUGCUGCAACUCGGACGGGGCGCUUCUCAAGUUCUAUGUGCGGGUGCUGCAGAAAGAGCUGGCAGCCUCCAUGGGCGAGGACACUCACCCCUACAAGGAGGAGCUGGAGACGGCCCUGGAGCAGUGCUUCUACUGCCUCUAUGCCUACCCUAGCAAGAAGAGCAAGGCGCGGUACCUGGAGGAGCAUUCGGCCCAGCAGGUGGAGCUGCAGUGGGCCGACACGCUCUUCAUGUUCGAGUACUUCAAGCCCAAAACGCUGCCGGAGUUCGACAGCUACAAGACGAGCACGGUGUCGGCAGACCUGUCCAACCUGCUGAAGCGCAUAUCUGGCAUCGUGCCGCGUGGCGAAGGCCCCGCCCUCACCGUCGACGAGGUGUCUGCCUACAUCGAGGGCAGCACGGACAAGGUUCCGUGCCUCCCCGAGGGAGCUGCUCCGGCGCCCCCUCUGGUGAACGAGCUGUACUACCUCCUGGCUGACUAUCACUUCAAGAACAAGGAGCAGUCCAAGGCCAUAAAAUUCUACAUGCACGACAUCUGCGUGUGCCCAAACAGGUUUGACUCGUGGGCCGGUAUGGCACUGGCCCGCGCCAGCCGCAUCCAGGAUAAGCUGAACUCCAACGAGCUGAAGAGCGACGGGCCCAUCUGGAAGCACUCCAUGGCCGUGCUGAGCUGCUUCCGGCGCGCCCUGGAGAUCGACGGCUCCAACCUGUCGCUGUGGAUCGAGUACGGCACCAUGUCCUACGCCCUGCACUCCUUCGCUUCCCGCCAGCUGAAGCAGUGGAGGAGCGAGCUGCCGCCCGAGGUGGUCAAGCAGCCCGUACAGGACAGUGCGUCUUCAGAUCACAACCCCAUCUGUGCCUGGCAUGCAAACACGGAGAAGGCUUCAUCUGUCAAUGACGACGACUCUCACUCCUCAUCGGCGGGCGUGGCCUUGGGCCUCGGGACGCACCCCCCCUCCAGCGGGCCAGGUCUGACAUCCCCACCGUACACGGCCGCCCCGGUCGACCACGAUUACGCCAAACGUAAAGCCCUUCAGCAGCGGCAGCAGGGGCAGCAGCGGCAGCAGGACCAGCCGCAGGCCGAUGAACGUAGCCAGGACAGCGUGACGGUGAUGCUGUCCGACUCCAGCUCCACCCAGGACCCUUUCCCCGACCCCGCCAGCUCUCAGGACAGCAGCCACAAGGUGCAUGCUGGGAAGGCGGCCGCUCCCCCAGCAGAGCAGACCCCUCCCCUGAAGCAGGCUGAACCACUACCGGAGGCCUCUCAAGGGCCCCCGGCGGAACCCCCCCAUGAGGCUGGGACCUCCAGCCUCCCGCAAGAAGAGCAGAGCGUGCAGGACACGCUGGACGCCCUGCAGCUGACACCCUCCGACAUGACGACCCCCCAGCCACCCGCCAGCCCCCCACCCAAGGUGGCGCUGUCCCCGGGGAUGCUGCCCCAGACCCCCACCGGCGAGGCUAAGCGAAAGCUGGAGUCAGGGGCCGAAACGGCGGCGGUAGCGCCCCCAGGGUCUGACGUCCCCGGGACGCUGCCUGCCUCCCCCGAGGAGCAGCACUGCCUGCUGGUGAAGAUGUGCGUAUGCGCCCUCUUCCUCUGCCUGGGCCGAUUCCCUCAGCACUACAAGAGCCUGUACCGACUGGCCUACCUCUACGCCAAGGGCAACAGUCACCGGAACCUGCAGUGGGCUCGGGACGUGUUGCUAGGAAGCAGUGUCCCAUGGCAACAGCUGAAGCACAUGCCAGCACAGGGGCUGUUCUGCGAGAGGAACAAGACCAAUCUGUUCAACGGCGUCUGGCGUAUCCCGGUGGAUGAGAUUGAUCGGCCCGGCAGCUUCGCCUCUCACAUGAACCGCUCCAUCGUGCUUCUGCUGGACGUUCUGUCUGAGCUCAAGGACCGGGACACCCUGCUCAAGGUCUCCUGCAUGCUCCAGAGGACCCCGGAACAGGGAAAGAAGUAUUUGCGGGAUGUGGACCGACAGGUUUUGGCCAAGAGAGCAUUUUCCUUAACCGUGAAAGUACUGGAGGAUAAUCUGAACAAACUCACUGGGGUAUCAGAGCCUUCGCUCGGUGGGGGGGACAUGACCACCACUGACACGCCCCCCAGGCCCAGCGCCGAAGACAGCAAGCGGGCGGCACCCAGCAAGCCUGGCGCAGAGGCCAGGCAGCCCGAGGCCCCCCCGGAGCGGCCCCCGCCACAGGCCAUGGACACAGCGGAGCGGCGGGAGGAGCCCAUGGAGCUGGAGGGUGGGACCUGGGAGGGCGGCGGGGGUGCGCGGCCCCUGGAAAGGGCCCCCCCUGAGCUGUCUCUGGAGGAGCUCAGCAUCAGCUCCCGCCAGCAGCAGCAGCAGCAUCACACCGGGGGGGUUAAGCGGCCGGCUUCCCUCAGCCCCCCCGAGGCCGGCGAGCAGCAGCGCAAGCCCAGUCGCAAGCGGAAGCUUCUGGAAGAUGUGGAGACGGGCAAGACGCUCCUGCUGGACGCCUACAGGGUGUGGCAGCAGGGCCAGAAGGUCAUGACCUAUGACCUGGGCCGCAUCGAGAAGAUCAUGUCAGAGACGUACAUGCUCAUCAAACAGGUCGAUGAAGAGGCAGCACUGGAUCAGGCUGUCAAGUUCUGCCAGGUCCAGCUGGCCACGUCCGCGCAGAGACAGUGCAGCAGUGACACGCCCACCACACCCAAGCCCACCAAAGAGCACCGUGACAUCUUCUUCCCCUCCUCGCUGCCUAACUCGGCCCCGCAGCCACCAGACAGCUCCACCCCCCAGGGUCCGCCCAGCGGGCCCCCGGACCAGUCGCAGCUCCGGAAGCAGCCGGCUGCCCAUUCAGCUGCCAUGGCCUUCCUGCCCCAGUCAGAGGAACGGGAGGAGCUCCUGGAGGGCUUGGGGUUCAGGCAGCAAGAGAGCCGGCUGUGCCAGCAGAUGAAGAUGACCACCGUGUCGCCGGGCCAGGAAGCGCCAGGCUGGCUGAGCGAGGAGGCGGCGUCCUGCAGCACCACGCAGCCGCUCUGCUCUGUGCCCGCAGGAUCAUCCCUAAACUCGCCCCCCGACACCACCGGUUCCAGGCAGUCGGACCCUGGCCGCGUGCGUUCCCGUGUCGCGCCCCACGUGCCAAAGCUCUUCAUCCCAUCCACGGUCACCAAAUUCCCCCCCGAGAUCACGGUGACCCCGCCCACGCCCACCUUGCUCUCGCCCAAGGGGAGCAUCUCCGAGGAGACCAAGCAGAAGCUCAAGAACGUCAUCCUGUCCUCCCAGUCAGCGGCGAACGUCAAGAAGGAGACGCUGUGCCAGCCAGCGCUGGAGGUGCAGGAGACGUCCAGCCAGGAGUCGUCGCUGGAGAGUGACACCGAUGAGGAAGAGGACUACAUGGAAAUCUGAUAUGGGAGACGGCUGUCCCCUGUUCUGUGGUGGCGGGGGGGGG